CCCCAUCUCAUCUCCGGGGCUUUUCCCCAUUUCCCUUCCCGGCUCCCUACGCCUCCUGUACAGCUGGUUCCUUGGUUUUAAUUGCCCCUGCUCUCUCUUGCCUGCUGCUCCUCCUCUGGCACUCUGUCGUCUCCGGCUUUAUCCACCUGUGCGUCUCUCGCUUGCCCCUCCAGGUGCGCACCCCGUAGCCAGAACUCCGCUAGGCGUGCCUGCGCCUUGAGCUCUUGGGAAAGCAAGAUCACAUAGUUGGAGAAACUUCAGCCGCUAGGUUUGCGGUGAGCAUCGCAUCCACGCCCUGUGAUCGACACCCGUGAGGGGCUGGGCCAGGUGACUGCGCUUUGAGCGAUGGGCUGCUCCAGCAGUGCCCUCAACAAAGCGGGCGACAGCAGCAGAUUCGGCAGCGGAGUAACUUCGAAUGAGAAUUCUUCCACUGUAGAACAUAACAAGUUCUGUGUAGACCAACCUAAACCAUGUACACCAGGAGGAGAAGCUGCCUUUCAUGGCAACACACAAAGGGAAAGUCAUCCUUCACUCGAGAGGCCCAAGGCUUCAGUGGUGCCUACAGCAAAUGGUGUUAAAUCCUACCAUCAACCAUCUCUGGCAAAUGAUGAGACCCCUGGAAAGGAAGCCACAGAUCACUCAAGACCCACAAAGAAGAUUGAGCCUCUAGUGCAAGGGGGAGAGUGUGAGCAACCACAGCCAGGAGGCAAAGAUGACAUGCUGGGAACUGAGGAAGUGAAGAAAGAUGUGGAAGCAAGGACAGAGGUCCAGUCUUUAAAAGGAGAUGCUGAGCUUAAGCCUCUGAGGAUGUCAUCAGAGAGGGACUCCCCUGGAGCUCCACAGGCUGGGACGAUGAAGUUUCUACAAACAGCCGAGAACAUUCUGCCUCUGGAAACAACUCAGGAGCUACCACCAAAAGAAGCAAUGGGAAAGGGUGCACAGCCCCAGAUUCUAGAAGCAAUUCCCAAAGAGAACAGCUCUCCAGAAAUAGAAGGGAUCCAAUCUGCAGAAAGCAGCGAACAGCAGCAACUUGUAGAAGCCCCAGGUGAAGCUGAGCAGCCCCAAGCUCUAGGAACAGUACUCAAAGAGAGCGAAACAUCACAGAUGCCAGACAGAAGCCAGCCCGUGCCAACACCUGUAAUGAACAAGUCACCCUGUGAAGCUCCUGACAGUCUCAGAAAUGCCCAUGAACCUCAAGUAACAGGUGGAAACAGGGUACAGCCAGCCGGAAGUGGAGAGACAGCAGCAAAGGUGGAAAUGGCCAGAGAAAUCCACCCUGAUAAAGAGGAACAACACAUUGAAGGUGAGACAGGAGAAAAGGUGGAAGCAGAGAUGAAAAAUGAGAAAGAAAGUGAAGAAGCUGAAACUAAAGAGAAAGAAACAGGAGAAGCUGUGGAUCUUGGAGCAGCAGGGGCUGGUGACAGAAGGGCUUAGUGUGCAGUGUUACACCAGAGGGCAGGGAUAUUUGAGGCUGGGAGGGCGGGCACCACCUUUCUGUGGCUUUGUGGUUUAUACAAUGAGUUCAGCUUUAAAAUGACUGUAGGAACCAAGAGAACAAUGCUGGGUUUUUAUUGUUUA